CAACUAAAAGUUGGAGUGUGCAUGGAAUAUUCUCGGGUGUUCUGAACCUUGUUUACUGCAAAAAUACAAAAGAUGGAGAAUAACGGUGGCGAUAGAGGUCCCCCUGAUGAUAGGAACAAACAACCGAAAAGCGUCGGAAAGUUGCUGCACAUGUGUCUUGAAACACAGAGUGGUAGUCCUCAGGAUGAGAAUCAUGUCGUGCAACCCAUGCCUGAAGAGCGUCGACAAUGGUUGGACAAUGCCCUGAGAGAUUUAACAGUAAGCCCAGUGGAGAGGAUGAAGGUGGGCUUACGUAUUCUUACUACAGCAGAAAGUACAGAGCAACAGAUGAUUGAUGCUUUAGAUGAAAUCAUUGAGUGGUGUGAAAACCUUGAUUUUGCUGCAGAUUUUUACAAGAUCGGAGGAUAUCCAGUGCUUAGCAAAUUACUGCCCCACAAAUCAGCUGAGAUCAGAUGGAAAACACUGGAGUUGAUUGCAGUCUUGGUUCAGAACCACACUUAUUGUCAGGAGAUGGCUCUCAAAGAAAACUUGUUACCAAAAAUGUUGACAAUACUGGAUACAGAUGACGAUUCAACUGUUAAAAUAAAAGCUUUGUAUGCUGUGUCAUGUCUCACAAGAGAUAAUCCUGAAGCCCAGAAAGUGUUUAUAGAAAAGGAUGGCUUUUCUGUAUUGAUGCGAGCCAUGCAAACAGAUGUUGAGAAGUUAAAGAUUAAGGCUGCAUUCAUGUUGUCUGCACUUUGUGUGGAUAGACCAGACAUCAAAGAUGUGAUGUGUGACACUGGCAUGAUUGAGCAGUUAGUGGGAGUCCUAAACGAAGAACACAACUCCUUCCAUGAGCACACUUUGGCUGCUCUUCUCUCCAUUGUCACAAAUCACCAGAAGGCUGUAGAGGAGUGUCAAAGACCAGAACUGGAACUGGACAAAAAAUUGCAGGAGAGGAUCCGAAGUCUUAAUGGCAAAGAUGAAUUCCGUGAGGAAAGUCAAUAUGCCAAAGAAUUGCUAAAGAUAAUAACAAAGGAUGACAUUGAGGUUCAGCGGUAAAAAGCAGCAAGAGGCUUGUCCAGAUGGAUGGCUGAUCCAUUUAAAAACAAAGCAGUCACUACUUGCAAUAAUGUAGCUCUCCUCGUUUUGCCUAUCCACCCCACCCCCAAACCCUAACACCUCCCCCCCCAACCUCACACACAAAAUUUGGAAAAAAUGGGGAGGGCUGCAUUCAUGCAGCCAUGCACGCAUGUGCUUGUGCGAUUUACAGUGUGAUUCAAAUGUGGAUUUCGAUCGCUGACUUAUGUAACAAAUGAAUAUUGUACAAUACUGUGUUUUCAUAUUUAAAUUGCUGUAAAACAGUUUAUCUCAGGGAAGUUUUCUAAAUUUGAAUUGAUGUGUCUUUUAAGUAACUAUUCAGAAGUGUCUUGACAAAUUUAAAGUAUUUUGUUGUCAGUAUUUUAAUCUAACUGCAUACACGUUAUGACUAGAUUAAUGCACUUACGAAUAUACAGGAAAUUUUGAAUUAUGCGUGGAUCUAGAGGGGUAAAUUCAAAUUUCUUUAAAUUAACAUUAUAGAAUUACCCAAAAUGUGCCUGCCUCAGACCCCCUUUUUAAAAAACUAAUAAGUAACUGUAAGACUUUGUUAUAAAAACCCCCCACCCCAAAAAAAAUUUCUAGAUCCACGCAUGUGAAUUACAACUAUUUUUUAGUUCUCUUGAAUAGUGUAGUGUGAGGAAAAAAUUAAAGACAAUAACAGUUGAAAAUCAGAGCUAAAACUGUUGUAUUAAAUAUUCAUAGAAUGAUUAGACAAUUCAAUACUGUUCAUAUAUUUGCAGUAUUAUAAAUAAAUUGCCAAAUUUUAAUCAUUACAUAAUGAUUUCUUGUCUUGCAGGUUCUAUUAUUUAAUUUUAAAAUUAUUUUUAAUAAGAUUUGUGUAAAUAAAAAUACUUCUUUAUAGAUGAAAAAGAAUAUGAAUUAAAUAAUUUGGAUUUGCUAAUCCAGUCUUGCAUGAUGAAAUGUUUCAGUAAUUUAUUGUGAGAGAAUGUUUAGUGUUGUAUCAGUGCAAUUUAAGCUCUCUGUGGUGGUAUUUUUGUAAAUGAAUGUUCAAGAUACAUGUAUAUACAAAACACAUUUAACACCUGUUACCUUUUUUACUUCAGGCCAAAAUAAGUAAACAGUGUGUUUCCAGUUCCCCAACCAUCUCUAAAUUUUACGGUAUAUGAUAUUGGCAUUGACAUCUCUUCCUGGGAAAAAAUGAUUUUUUGACGUUUCAUGGUCUCUUCAAAUGUUGAAGGUAACAUAGAAAACAAAUCUGUGUUCUGUAUCUUAGUAACGUUCUCGAUGGACCCGAAUUGGAAAACAAUUGUUAAAACACAAAAAUGUUUUCCCUACCUUAUGCCAAUUUUCAUUUUCAGUUAGGAAUAGGAAAUGCACUGUUUUUGGCCAUGGAGACCUUUUUUAAAAUGUGAAUACAAUUACCUGGUACAUGUAUAUUACGUAUUCUAGAUUUUAUCUAUGGUAAAUCUUCUUGUAUGCAUGAAAUAUUUGUAGUCAAAUCAAAAUUACCGUACAUGCAUACAGAUGUAUUAUGUAUUAAUAAUAGUGCAUGUACCAAUAUUUUUAAUCGUACAUUUGGUCUUUUUUUCAGAUUCUCUUUUUCAAGACUGAUGGUAUAAGUGAAUAGAAAAAAAUCUUUAUUAAAUUAUUUGUUUUUAUUACUUGCAGAGAAUAGCAUCACUUUCAUUUUUAUGGGUUGUUCUAUAUUGAAAUGCAUGCCUAAUGAAAUGGAUAUCCAAUUCUGGACAGACUUCAUGAUUUGUUGAUGACUAUGAUUAUAUGUAUUUAAUACGUUUACAGCUGUUAGUACUUUUUGUUAAAAUACAGAGCUACUUGUGUACUUCUA